UUCCUCUGCGUCUUGUGUCUGCGCCCCUCCCUCCCUCUGCUCUCAGCAUCCGUCUGACUGGGCAGAGCAGAGCACGGUGCGUCUUACCCCGGACAUUAACCUCUGUUUAAUGAGAACAAGGAGGCUGUAAGGUAAGCGGAAUUGACCUGGGGACGGCCAUCAGACAGUCCAAGUGCCCGUUUAAAUUUUGGCUUUAUUCGGUUGUCCGUGGCUCUAUUUUUUCAUCAUCUGUGCUGCAUCUUGCGAAUCUGAGACUAGAGUAAGCCAGUUUGUCGUGUCUUGUCCAAGGACACCGCUGAGUGUUGGUGCGGCAGAGAUGAGCACGUCUGACGGCUCUACGGAGACAGUGGGAGGACCUCGACUUGUCGUGCUGCUGCUGGGAGUUUUGUGAGUAGCCUUCAUCUCUUCCAUAAGCGCCCUGGUGAAGCUGCUCGCUCGGCUCGCUGCCUGAAUGUGCGCUGCGACGUCAUGAGGUGAUCUGCCUCUCCAGUCACACAGUUGUUGCUGUGUUGCAGUUCGUAGUGCACGCUCCCAGCUCAUCUCUGAGAACUGUGACUCCGGCUUCUAAAUGUCCGCUUCUUGAGGAGCCUUUGAACGUAGCCCAGCGUUGGUUUGAUUUCGGAUUUUUGUAUCGGCUCGUAGCCUGGUUCUGCCGCAUCAAUGUUACCAUCUGCAGAAGCCGCGAAAUUAUAUCAGACUAAUUACGUGCGCAACUCUCGUGUCAUCGGACUUUUGUGGGCCAUCUUCACCAUUUUGUUCGGUAUUGUGAAUGUGACAAUUUUCUCUCAACCAUACUGGAUUGGCGAUGGCGUGGACACGCCACAGGCUGGCUACUUCGGCCUGUUUCACUACUGCGUCGGAGACGGACACUCCAGGGACCUGGUGUGUCAGGGGAGCUUCACUGAGUUCUCAGCGAUCCCCUCCGGUGCGUUCAAGGCCGCCUCCUUCUUCAUCGGCAUGUCCAUGAUGCUGGUGGUCACCUGCAUCGGCUGCUUCAGCCUCUUCUUCCUCCUCAGCACCUCCACCGUGUACAAGAUCUGCGGCUGGAUGCAGGCUGCCUCUGGUGUGUGCUUGGUCCUGGGCUGCAUGAUUUACCCUGAUGGCUGGGACAGUGACACGGUGAGGAAAAUGUGUGGGGAGCAGACAGACAAGUACAGUAUUGGGGCAUGUUCUGUGCGCUGGGCCUACAUCCUGGCCAUCAUGGGCAUCCUGGACGCCCUCAUCCUCUCCUUUUUGGCCUUUGUCCUGGGGAACAGACAGGACGGGCUCAUGUCGGAGGAGCUGCUGGCAGAGAGCAAGGAAGGAGGAAAUGCCUAAACUGAAAGAAAUGGUUGGAGUCCUUAUUGGGUCCGUUUACAAAAGUCCCAUAUCAUCAUGUUAGCAAAGCCUGCCUCAGUCACUCACGAAGGUGGAUAUCUUGGACCAGCCAGCAGCCUGCCUUGUACAUUUAUCUGCCAAAAAUGAAACUACAACAAGAUGUCAUCAAAAUCUGCCUGUAUCCCGUCUAAACAUUUUGACUUUAUAAUUGUGUGUUAACUAAGUCCAAGUCCUUGCACAAAAUUGCUUAGACCAUGGUAGGGGCAAAGACUGUUAUCAGUGUAAUGUAGAUGUGAGGACUACCCACUACCUAGACCUGAGUAGGAACAGGGUACAGAUAAGCCACCUGCAACAUGAGCACAGACAGACACGCUAGGCCAGUGGUUCUCAAAGUUUGGUGAAGGUACCACUGGUGGAACUACUCAUGGUAUCCAACAGUUCACAUUUAGUUUUAUUUAAUUCUUGUGUUUGACCUUAUUCUGGGUGCUUAGUUAGUUCUGUUCUGUUUUAGUCCAAUUAUUAGAUAUAGGGUAUUGUAGUUUUAGUUAUGGGUAUGUCUUGGUAAUAGCUGGUUUAGUCUGUUCCUAGUUCAGACAUUUGUUUUAACUUGUUCCUCACUAUGGCAACGGUCACAAGUUUUCAUUAUUCUGAAACCCAUGGAUAAAGGGAACCCAUGAGUAGUUUAAAUGAAUUUUAUUCCUGCAUGGAUUUUAUGAACAGUUUUGCCUGUUCAGAUUAGAUUAAGUUAUUUUAUAUAGUUGUUUUACACAUAGUUUUGACCUGUCUAGUAGGGUAAGCCCUGUUUUAGACCAGACAUAAGAAAGAACACUGAAAGCCAAAUAUUGUAGUAAGGGGUAUUUGAGAAUCACUGCACUAGGCCAUAUACAAAACACACAAUUUGUAAUUAUAAAUAUUGAAACUGUCACUGACUUCUCUGUGCACAUCCAUCUGAAUGUGUGUCUAGUUUUAGUUGAGGAAAAAAACUGCCCAUUUUAUGUCAAUAUUAACCAGUUGUGUUGCAUUGCAUAUAGAGGGCUAAAAUUGUUUUGCUCAUAAGCCACUUUUCAUUUGCAAAAGAGACUGUUUUAUAACAAUAUUAUGACAAAAAAAGACUUGUACAUUGAAUAUCUGUAAGACGUUUAGGAUUUUAAGUCAUUCAAAGGCCUGCUUGCUAAAUUUGCACAGCGCUUCAAUUUCAAAAAAGAACAUUUUCUAGUUUGUGGUAUAUAAAUAUAAGAUAAAUAUUAAGGAUAUCUACACUGUGAUUGGGGAUAGGAAGACAAUUGCAGGAUGAACGGAGUUGUAUGAAUGUGUGUGUAAAAUUGUGCAUGAGAGCGUAUGUUAUUGGUAAUAGUUUGCUGGGCUAAUAAGCCUAAAUGCCAGCAUCACAAAAGUUGUCCUGCCAUGUAGCUGUAUAUUGUAUUUUUGUGUCUAUCUCUCUCUUUCCCUUUGCGUAUCAGUUGGGACAUACAGGGUAAAAAUGGCAGAGAUUGUGUACAUAUAGUAGCCUAAUUACUGAAGAAAGAUUGUCCCAGCUUCACUUGUGCAUAUGUGUAAAUAGAUAUAUAGAUAGAAAUGCAUUAUUAUAUAUGUUAUUAUAAAGUUAUAGGCAAAGAAUUGAAAGGAUUCCUAUAUAUAUAUUAAAACAUUUAAAUUAAAGUUUUCAUUGUA